GUGCUUCACCUGAUGUCUGCGCAAAUUUGCCAACGAUCCUCUUUUCUUCAGGGGACACACAGCCUACUCUGCUCCAGAUUACCUCGUGUAGCAGCGCUCUCUGCGGAAAAAUUGCCAGGUCUCAGAUCAGUACGUGCCCUAAGCGUGAUGUCAGCGUCGUCUUUCAAGUAUGUGGUUCUUGGGGGUGGUAACUCUAGCGGGUAUGCUGCUCGCGAGUUUGUCCAGCGCGGAAUAGGCAAGGGAGAGCUUGCAAUCAUCACUGAGGAGCCGUACGUGGCAUACGAGAGGCCGGCGCUGAGCAAGGCUUACCUCUUCCCGGAAGGUGCUGCACGCUUGCCUGGAUUCCAUGCAACAGUCGGGGGCGGUGGUGAGAAGCAGACCCCGGAGUGGUAUGCGGAGAAGGGCAUUGACUACAAGACAAACACAUCGAUCACUGCAGUUGAUGUAUCAGCCAAGACCCUAACAGCAGCCUCCGGUGACUCCAUCUCAUAUGAGAAGCUCAUUGUUGCCACUGGCGCUCGCCCAAUCUAUCUGACUGACUUUGGGACAAAGGGUGCGGAUUUGAAGAACAUCUUCUACUUGAGGAAUGUGGUUGAUGCUGACAAGAUCGUGGCCGCCAUCGCUGACGCCAAGACCAAGAGCAACAAGGCAACCAUUGUUGGUGGCGGCUACAUCGGGAUGGAGACAGCGGCGUGCUUGUCCAAGAACGGGCUGGAGGUGACUUUGGUGUUCCCUGAGAAGCACCUGAUGGAGCGGUUGUUCACUCCUGAGAUGGCAGCAUUCUACGAGAAGGUUUACACCGACAAGGGCAUCAAGCUCUUGCCGGGCUCCCUCGCGGCCUCCUUCGAGGGCAAGGACGGCCAUGUGACGACGACGGUGCUGAAAAACGGGGACAAGAUUGAGAGCGACAUAGUGCUGGUGGGCGUGGGCGCGCGGCCCAACGUGGAGAUGUUCAAGGGGCAGCUGGAUCUUCUAGAGGACCGCCCAGGCGGCAUCAAGGUGGACGGCAACCUGCGCACCAGCAACCCGGAUGUGUAUGCUGUGGGUGACAUAGCUGCAUUUCCCCUGAAGAAGUAUGGCAUCACCACCCGCCAGGAGCACGUUGCAAACUGCAGAGCGAGCGCAACGCACGCAGUGGCGUCCAUCAUGGACACUUCCACUGGCGACUAUGAUUACCUGCCCUACUUUUACUCCAGAAUCUUUGAUUUGUCCUGGCAGUUGUACGGAAUCAAUGAGAACACAACUGCCACACUGUUCGGCGACACCAGCAGCGGCAAGUUCGGCACCUACUUUGUCAGGGACGGCAAGGUGAUGGGGGCAUUCCUGGAGGGUGGAUCCCCUGAGGAGCAGGAGCUGAUGAAGAAGGUGGCCAUUGAGCAGCCGGCAGCACCCGAGGACCUGGCAGCUCAGGGCAUCGCCUUUGCUUCGAAGCUCUGAGCGCCUCAAAUAUUCUAAGCGCCGCCUAUGAAGAUAUGAAGUGCUCAGCCUUGGUCUGUGGAGAGCAGAAUGCACGAGGAAGCGUGGGCUGUGUCACUGUGUCGAGCAAUGUGAUUGCCUGUGAAGUUCUGGUCAGUGUGGUUCAAACAGAAUUCUAGCUGGUCUGGACAGUUUCAGGACCUGCCUGCAUUACCGACAGUAAAGUUCAGGAGGAGCAAGCCUGCUGUCUGUUUGUCCAAGGAGAGCGGCUCCUCUGGGGGCUGUGAACAAUUCUUUAGUACUUUCAUUCAUGGCAUACAGUCUGCACAGAUGCAUCGCCGUCUCAGUGUUGCUGCGGGGCAGCUUGUAUGCAUACGCUGCGGUUUGCAGCUCGCUGUGUAUGUGUACAUCUUGUAUCUAAACAUAGAAGUGGUUGGUGCCCUUGUACGUAUGUAUUGCAACCAGAGCAGCGCUGCUAUCAGCAUGAAAACACCUCAAGAGGGUGCUUAUCCAGGCCAUCGCAUCGCAGUAAGAGUGAUGUCUGAUCAGCAUGAUGACAGAGCAUCUCCCAUUUUGCUUUUGCACUACCGCCAGAUUGCUGUCCAGCAAUAAGCUGCACUGCAGCACAUUCCUCAACACUCUCAUGCCACCACUGUUGUACCCUCAGAAAGAACAGAGCUCUCGAGAGACAUCAGUGGCAUGCUUCUUUGCCUCUGCGUAGUGAGUGAGCCUCAGUCCUUGAUGAAAACAAUGGAGGCCCUUUCUAGCUGGGCCGCGCUGGGUCGCUGGAUUGACACCCUUCCUAGAGCAUUCAGGUAGCUGCUCUGCCCAAGGCCCCCUACUGCAGGGUUGAAGUCUCCCUCGCUCCCCCGCUGUUCGAUAGGCCUGCCACGAAAGCAGAAGCAUUUGUGUAUCGCUGACAUAAAUCCACCCAUCUUGGUCCAGAACACGUCUCCUGCAGCUUCGUAUCAGCAGUUCGAAGGAGUCCAGAUGUAUCAGCGUAUGGAAGCUCAGACAACAAUGUGGCUUGAUGAGCUUUAUC